AUGAAGACCGCUAUCUUUAUCACUGCCCUAUUCAGCGCUGCCAUCGCUGCUCCCGCUCCCCAUCCUGUCUCUGGGACAGACGACAUGGCCGCUCGAGACAUCGAUACUCGCGCUAGUUGCCCUGGUGGUCAAAACUGUGUCGGCGGCUACUGCACCGUCUACACAUGCGUGCCCGCCGGUACCAGCACUCAAUGCUUUACCUACAACCUAUACUUCUCGGUUGACUGGAAGGGACGACGAUCUCGCAAUUGA